GACGAGCGUUCUUUGCGAUGACCUCAUCUCUGGUGUGGGAUGACGUCAAAUUCAAGAUGGAUGGAAUCACGACCAGCGCGCAGCAAUCCACACAACACUGAAUAAAAAGUCCCGGUGUGUGUGUGUGUGUGUGUGUGAGGGAGUGUGUGUGAGGAGGAAACACCGUUUGGACGACGGGGACAGGCCAUGGAGAGCCUAGUGCAUUACAGCAACCCCUCCCAUACCCUCUCAGUGUUGGGGCUUCUGAAUGAGCAGCGCCUGCGGGGCCAGAUGUGUGAUGUCGUCCUGGUUGUGGCGGACCAGAGGUAUCAGGCACAUAAGAGUGUUCUGGCUGCCAGCAGUGAGUAUUUCCAGACCCUCUUCACACGGAUGGAUGCAGAGUCACUCAAAGUUGUAAACCUGGACUUCUGCGAGCCUGACGCCUUCGAAAUAGUUCUGAACUACAUCUACUCCUCCUCACUUUUUGUUGACAAAGGCAGCCUGGCGGCCAUUCAAGAGCUGGGCUACAGCCUUGGCAUCCCUUUCCUUACCAACAUUGUGUCAACAAGACCACACGCGUCCUACUGCGUGUCUAGAAAAAGGCUUUCUUUCUCAGAAGGAGAGGAGAACGAUGUCCAGACAAGGAGCGUCAUUGUGUGUCGGGUCCGGAAUGACACAACCCAUCCUUCUCGCUCCCCUUACCAGAGAAAAACAUCAGAGAGGCCAUCAUCUCCACACUCUGCUCGAGAGUCAGCUCAGCAUCCAUCAGAACACAACUCCUAUGAAUCAGCCAGAAACUCUGAAUCCAUCAGCAGGAAACCAUCUGAAGAGAGCGAGGCCGAUGAAAGGAAGUCCACCUAUCCUUACACCUCCAUAUUAAAAGGGAAUUCGUCACACAUGACAUCCGUCAGGCCCCAGCUGACGUCAUCGGUGUCUUUCAGUGAUGCUGAAGUGCAGCACAUCAGGCUGCAGUCUGGCGCUGAUCAGGACACUAAAGAAGAGAACGAGGAGCAGGAGCCCCACUAUCACACCAAAGUGCCCUCUCAGGGUCAGGCCAGUGAGCCGAGACAGACCAUUGACAGGAGUGGGCCGCUCAUAAAAAGCCUACUCCGUAGAUCAUUGUCCAUGGACAGCCCGGUUCCAGUCUUCUCGCCAACACUGGAGCUCAAAGAGCUGCAAAAUCGUGAACAGUCGGUUGUUAAAAUGGCAUCAAAAUCAUGUGGACCAGAAUCAUCUGCUCACAAUGGCAAUUCAAAAAGAACAUCUCCCCUGGUUCUCAGGUCAAAGUACCUCAGCAGGUAUGAUGAAGAAACUCAGGUAGAAAGAGAGGUCAGCGUGAAAGAUGAGCCUAGCAGUCCGCUCGCUGACCCCAUGGACAUUAUUCGAAUCACGGUUGGAGAUGCGUUGCCGGUCAAUCUUAAAGACUUGCAGACAAAUUAUGACCAAGGUUCCAGGCCAGACUUUAAUUCUUUUUCUUUUGGGAAAAGAAAGGACAGGCCAGACAACAGGAGGUACCCAUUCAAGAAGAGUAAAAUAUUUAAAGAGCAUACCCUCUCGCUUGAUGAGAACAUGCCCAAAACUGUACCUCCGAGUGCCAUCAGCGACUCUAAUGAGAACAGUGGGGAGCCGCCCCAGAACAAGAUUUUCAAAUGCUGGAACUGUUUGAAGGUUUUUAGGUCCAGUGCUGGACUGCAUCGCCAUGUGAAUAUGUAUCACAACCCGGAAAAGCCGUAUGCUUGUGACAUCUGCCACAAGCGCUUCCAUACCAACUUCAAAGUGUGGACUCAUUGCCAAACUCAGCAUGGUGUAGUACAAAACCCAGCCUCGUCCUCCAGCUCCUCCGUGCUGGAUGAGAAGUUUCAAAAGAAGCUCAUAGAUAUUGUGCGAGAAAGGGAAAUAAAGAAAGCUUUGCUCUGGAAGUUAAAGAGGAACAAGCAGGGAUUGCAGUCUCCUGCGCUCACCAAAAAGAGACAAAGGCCCAGCUUCAUAUGUCCUUACUGUGGGAAGGUAUUUGUGUUCCAGUCCCAGUACAGACAGCAUUUAAGGACACAUCCUGCUGAAAAAGCUGACCAGGAGACAGCCAACGAGAGCAUCCUCUACCAGGAACAGGAUGAGAUCAUUCAACAGAAGGACACGGACACUGGUGUUUACUCAUGUAGACUUUGUAACAUGAAGCUGUCUUCACUCUUUGAACAGGGCGACCACGAGAGAGGCUGCCGACAUGCAACCGUAUGCCCUUACUGCGGGCUCCGCUUCUCAAGUCCAACGGUCAAGAAGGACCACGAGGCACAUUGUAAGUACAAGAAACUGACGUGCCUGGAAUGCAUGCGGACAUUCAAGUCCUCCUUCAGCAUAUGGCGCCACCAGGUGGAGGUCCACAACCAAAACAUGAUGACUGUUAAAGACCAGAUUCACCUGAAGCAUCAAGAGAACGACGACGAGGCGUCUGAAAUGCUCAGAGAGGAGCAUUACAGCGACGAGCAUCUACCAACUGGGAUCUCAAGGGAGAACAUAAGUUACAGCGACUCCUCGGGUCCACCCAUGUAUGAUUCAGAAGACUCCUCAUCCUAUGUGCCUGAGGACCUGAGCAUGGGCCACCAUGGCAAGCUGGUAGUGAAGGAGGAGCCGUUGGAGGAGGCUGUGAGUGAGAUGGAAAACGCAGAGAGUGCCAAAGCUGGGCUCGAGGAACCCGGUGUGUGGCCAUGCGAGAAAUGUGGAAAUCUUUUCAGCUCUCGCAAAGACCUGGAACGACACCAGGAGCUGCUAUGCCACAUCAAACCGUUCAUCUGUCACAUCUGCAACAAAGCCUUCAGGACCAACUUCCGCCUUUGGAGCCAUUUCCAGUCCCACAUGUCGGCUGCUGGCGAACCUGGAGCCAAAGAGCUCGACAGACAGCCCUCGCCUCUGUCUCCAUCACCUCCCACGACCCCACAAAGCUCCGAACGUCCCUCCCCGCAGGCCUCUGUGCUCAAAUCCACCCAGGCGGCACCGGCCUCUGCAGCAAUGGCGGAGGAGUCCAGCAGCCCAGAGCCCUGUAGCUCGUCGGUAAGCAAGACGAAGAGGCCUGAGCUUGAGCGUCAAUCCAGCAGCCACAGCCCUCUCUCGAGGUCCAACAGCAUGGAGAAUCCAGGUGGUCCUCAGGAAUCAGACACACUCUUUUACCAUGCACCGUCUCUCUCUGCCCUGACGUUCAAGAGGCAGUACAUGUGUAAACUCUGUCACAGGACCUUCAAGACGGCCUUCAGUCUCUGGAGCCACGAGCAGAGUCAUAGCCACAUGUAAGCACCAGGCAGGUCAUAGCAGUGCAGUUCUCAUGAGAGACGAUACUUAAUGUAAGAAUGAACACACCUCAGCCUACAAAAAGGAAGACUUUGAAUGUAUAGCUUAUCCGCUUGCCUCCAAUGUCAUAUAUUAAAGUGGCCAUGUUAAUUAGAGGUGUAAACGUGAAUGUGCAAUCAAGUGCUAGAUUCCUCUGUGAGAUGAGAUGAUUAUAAAUGGUUUAUUUUUAUUUUUUCUUUUCAAAACGAGCUAUAAGCAUUUAUCUAUUUUAGGCCUCUUUUUAGUUGUCUACUUGUAUUUAUCUAUCUUAGGUGUUUCGAGAAAACAAGGUACAGAGUUGCGGCUCUCAUCACUUCAGAUAUUCCACGUUUGACUUUUGAACAGUUACGGUGAAAAAAAAAAAGGAGUACAACUAUAUACAUUGUUUUCUCAGUGUGGAAAAAAAAAAAAGUGCUUUAAAUUUACCGGAGGCUGCAGUCGAAUUAAAGAGUAGUGCUUUGCUUUUGUAUCAGAUCUAUCUCUUGAUGUGAGUGACAACCCUUAAGAUUAUAUUGGUGGCCUCAACAAUGUAUUCAAUAUGCACUUUGUUCAACAGUUGGAUUCUGUUAUUAAGGGGGACAUAGUACAAAAUGGUUUGCUUGGAGGUUUUGGGCUGUAAAAGUAAAAAAUAGUUUUAUUUCUUUAUGCUUAGCACUUCUUCUGUUUUCUCAUAUUUCAGUUUCUCGUUGCCUUUGUGUCGUUUUUUUUUUUAACGUGCUGAUCGAAUGAGACCCUCAGUAUAAAUCUAAAGUUAUAUCAGACACUGUACAUCAAACACACCUCAGAUACCUGUUUGUUUUAGGCGUCGCAGAAGCCUUGAUUAAUUGCCUACAGUCUGCAUUCAGUACAUCUGAUUUCCUCCUGAUUACUAACCUGGUGCAUCAUUUUCAUGUGAUACAAAUAAGGCAGUGCAAUCAUCAGUCAUAAGAUCUGAGAGAGUAUGGACUAUAACGAUUCUACGUGUUGCUCAAAAAGAAACAACUCAAGAUUUGAAGUGAACUGGGUUAAUGUUAGUAUCCUGAAUACUAGAACACAUCAUCAUUAAAUCACCUGCUAGAAAUCAAUCUGAAAUAUUUAUAGCACACUGCAGUACAGUAAUGCAUUCGAUAGUUCCACCCAAUAAUAAACCUGAUUAUAAAUUCUAAUUUGUAUAUGUUAGACAUCGUCGUAAUGUCCACCAGUGCAACACCAGUGUUAUCCAAAUCCUCAUAUACUGAUAGAUCUUUGCAGUUAAAACGCAUUUGGUAAUUUACCAAGCUUUACGAUGCUUUUAUGGCCUUAUGCAACUUGAAAAAAAAUAAAUUAUUUUGUCGAUUUUAUUGUUUUACAUAAAGCACAACAGAGUUUCAGAUGACUUAUGACUCAGGCUUUUUCGAUGUGGUAAACGUCAAGAAGAGGGGGAGGCAUGAGAAAGCGAAUCUUUUAUCCUCGGCGAGAGAGCGUUCCUGCUUCCUAAAGAUUUAUUAUUAAAGACCGUGUUUUGAUUGUAUUCCAGUUGUUUCACAAUUGUAUUCUUGUACAAGUAUAUACUUCUGGUUUUGGCUUGAUGGAUUAGAACUUUGUCAUAAAUUAUUAUGAUUGUUACUAUUUGGGAGAUGUUGCAUUCAAAGAGUGCUCCACACAAGCUAUGGGAAUUUUGUUUUCCACUAAAUGAGCAACGCGAGCUGCAUUGUGAUGUUUAAGUUCUUUGGAGAAAUUCUGUAUUGAUAAUAGUGCUCUUACUUUCUCGUGACGAAAAAGCUUUCUGAAAGUUUCACGGAGAUGAUUAGAACUGUGUAUAUGGAAGUGUUUGUAUCCUCGAUUUUGUACCAAUUUUGUUAGUAAAACAAAAAGUUUUAUCUUUUUAGUAUUCCUGUGCUCUCACUGCAAUAAUGAAUAUUUGUAUCAGCAUUGGUUGCAUUAUUGUUGCUUUUUGGAGACUUGCAGCUGUUUUGUGUUUAGGUUUUUCUACAGUUUUUGUGCUUCAUUUCUGUAAUAAAGAGUAACAAUGGAGUAUAUAUAUAUA